AUGCCUCGAAAGAGCCAUCGCCACAAUCUCAAGGACGCCAACCCAAACGAGAGCUAUCCGCCAGCUGGUGGAAAAAUACGCCACAUCCGAGGCUGGCGGACCUUCUUCUCGGCAGGCCUGCUGCGGCCAAGUGCGCCACAUGAUCCACCCAACUCAACUCCGUCCGAGUCGGCGAGCCCUUUAGAGAGUGUGGCGCCAGGCAGCAAUCGCAGCAGAGGCCCUCUCCCUCAAACUCAGGCUCAUCCUGCACGCGACGCUGGCAGUCACCAGCCUAAGCCGAACACGAAACGUCGUGCAGGCCCUGCCGCCAAGGUAGACACAUGGCCUUGGGACCCCAAAGCGUACCCGGUCCGCAGGUCCACAGCUGCUUCCGCCCGCGCCACUGGGAAUCACAGUCGACCGUCUUUGCCGGCAGACUGCAUCGAGUCCCGCAACCUUUUCGUCGAAAAUGCUCGCCCGCCAGGUGAGUCGAAGUUGCCUGGCAUCAAGUAG